GGCUAAUUUUUUGUCAGUCAGGUAUAUAGAGUUUCUGAUAUGGAACUUGUUAGAGUGCUUCCUAGUGCUGAGGAUGAGGUCAACGUUGCUUGCUUCCAUCCUUCUGCUGGAGGAGGUCUUGUUUAUGGAACUAAGGAAGGUAGACUUAGGGUCCUCCAGUAUGAUGGUGCUUAUUGUACAAAUUUCAGAGGACCAAAUUGCUUCCCUGAAGAAAACAUGGCUGAGUUAGAAUAGCAAGCAAGGUGCAGAUAUAGGAUUUAGAAUGCUAAGCGAUCCUACCAAACCCGCUUUACAACUCAGCUUGAAGCAUGUCUUGCCAGCUUCGUUGCUAAAACAGUGGUAGAUCAUUCUGUUUUUUAUGCAUAUAUAUUUCAGUCAUCUUGGUCAUUGCCCAUGAAGUACACAUGCCUUGCUGGAGUUCAAGAUUUUGAUUGUAAACAUGAGAUGAACUUACCAUUUGGCUUGGCAGUGGUAAAGUUUCAAUCCUUCCAACACACUAUCAGAGCAAAUAUAGACGUUCAUGGGAGUAUCUGCACAUCUAUGGAGCCAGUCAGCCAGAUGUGAUUAGCUUCUUCAGGUUUGUCGUGACAUGUGUCAAAAUGUAACAUAAUUUGUACCCCCUUUUUAGUGUUAUUAUGUAAACAAAGUUCUUUCUUUUAAAAGUUGUUGGUCUAACCAAUUGUGCUCGGCACACACACGUCCGAUGCAUCGACUUUCAUUUCCUUUCAAGUAAAGCAGUGGACACUGGCGGAGCCAUGAAGUUAUUCCCAAAUUAUGAUAUGGCUGAAAUGCGAUGUCGGACGGAAAAAAUUUUCAAACCUAAC